UUAAUAAUAAUAACACUUGUAAAUAAAAUGUAAAGAUACAAAAAUAAGUAUAUUAAUAAUGUGGGUUUUCCUUUUUACUAUAAAAAGUAAACAAGCAGACAUGAUUUUUUGUUUGAAGGAGAAAACUGGAUGUAAACACAAAUGUGGCAUGGUGCCAAAUAUGCAACGUUAUUAUAUUUGUUCAUAGUUUUAUACUGGUGAGAAAGCCCCUCCUUUUGUAAUGUAUGUAAUUCAGUGUCGUUGUUUCUGUCGUUGUCUUUUUGGGGUUGUCGUGGAAUGUGUAAUUUAAUGUGUUUUUCUAGCAUUGUUUUUCCCCUUCCAGCCUCUUUGUUUUGACAGGGUGACAGCUGCCGAGGCGGAGCUUGUUAUUGUAUCUUUCAGCGCACGUUUGAAGAGCACAGCUCUGUACGGAAGGCCAUUUGGGUCAAAAACGCGUUAUUUGGUACACGUUUCAAAUAUUUAAUACACGUACUAAUUUGUAUUUAGUACGUGUUGUAAUUUGAAUUGUUACACUUACUAAUUUGGCGAAUCAGAUCACUGAAAAUGAAAUAAGAGCCAGUUAAUUUAAAGAAAUAGUACGGGUAAUAAAUUAUCCAAUUAAAAGUCGUCUUACACAUUAAAUACGACUUUUUAAUAUAAACUGAACCGUGUCACAGUCGACAUUGUCUGUCUCAAGCAGUCGACUUUUUUUUCUUCUUCAAUUCAGUUACUCUGCAAAGCACUUAAAAUAACUGUAUGGCCAUUCAGUGAACAUGAUAUGUCUGUUACACAUGGGGAAAAAAGUCUAGGACUUGACAGUGGUCUGGGUCUUAAGAUACUGAUGACUUACCACGUGACACAAGGCUGAAGAAUCCUGUAAGUGUAACGGGUGGAAAAGCCCAAACCCCCCUCCUACUCCACCCAGGGUAGAUUUACAGCAGACCUCAAUUAGCCUGAGUGAACCCUGCCGCAGCUGCAGCCAUUCGCUGGCUGAUCAUGUUUCUCAUUUAGAAAACGUGUCAGAAGAAGAAAUGAACCGUCUGUUGGGGAUAGCGCUGGAUGUGGAGUAUCUGUUCACCUGUGUGCACAAGGAAGAGGAUGCAGACACUAAACAAGUUUACUUCUACCUGUUCAAACUUUUGAGAAAAUGUAUAUUGCAGAUGGGUAAACCUGUGGUGGAAGGAGCAUUAGAAAACCCUCCUUUUGAAAAGCCAAGCAUUGAACAGGGAGUUAAUAACUUUGUGCAGUAUAAAUUCAGCCAUCUUCCGUCUAAGGAAAGGCAGACAAUUGUUGAACUGGCAAAGAUGUUUCUAAAUCAGAUCAACUACUGGCAGCUAGAGACUCCAUCUCAGAGAAGACUUCGGUCACCCAACGACGACGCUGCAGGAUACAAAGUGAAUUACACCAGGUGGCUGUGUUACUGUAAUGUCCCCCAGUUUUGUGACAGUCUACCAUGGCAUGAGACCACCCAGGUUUUUGGGAGAACACUACUUCGAUCGGUAUUUACAGUCUUGAGAAGGCAGUUACUGGAACAGGCCAGACAAGAGAAAGACAAGCUCUCACCAGAAAAACGAACACUGAUCCUCACACACUCCCCAAAAUUCCUGUCUAUGUUAGAAGAGGAAGUUUACAGUCACAAUUCUCCAAUUUGGGAUGAAGAGUUUAUGGCAUCAUCUUCUAGGGGUGGUCAGUUAGGGAUACAGGCAGUGAUCAGUCCUCCUCCUGUGGCCAGGCCCUUUUCUUACAGUGCUAGCCAAGCAACUCUCGACCCAGCAAAUGGGGGAAGCCUCAGCCCGAUUUGCAAAGCCUCCUCUGUCUUUGAACCAAGUCUAGCAGGAGAAAAACGUAAAUCUGCUGAACCCUUCAUUCACGAAGAGACAAAAAGACCCCGGGUUUUGGGAGAUAUUCCUAUGGAAUUAAUUAACGAAGUGAUGUCAACAAUCACAGAUCCAGCUGCAAUGCUGGGACCAGAGACCAGUUUUCUGUCUGCACACUCAGCCAGAGAUGAAGCUGCCAGACUGGAAGAGCGACGGGGGGUGAUUGAAUUUCAUGUUGUGGGAAACUCCCUAACCCAGAAGCCAAAUAAAAACAUCAUGAUCUGGCUGGUCGGUCUGCAGAAUGUGUUUUCACAUCAACUUCCAAGAAUGCCCAAGGAGUAUAUUACACGACUCGUGUUUGACCCGAAGCACCAAACCCUUGCACUUGUCAAAGAUGGCCGUGUGAUUGGAGGGAUCUGUUUCAGAAUGUUUCCUUCACAAGGCUUCACUGAAAUUGUUUUCUGUGCCGUCACCUCAAAUGAACAAGUUAAAGGCUAUGGAACUCAUCUGAUGAAUCACCUGAAGGAAUACCACAUCAAGCAUAGUAUUCUGAACUUUCUAACAUAUGCAGACGAAUACGCCAUUGGAUACUUCAAAAAACAAGGAUUUUCUAAGGACAUAAAAGUACCAAAAGCAAAAUAUGUUGGUUAUAUCAAGGAUUAUGAAGGUGCCACAUUAAUGGGUUGUGAACUGAAUCCAAGAAUCCCAUACACAGAAUUUUCUGUCAUCAUAAAGAAACAAAAAGAGAUUAUUAAAAAGCUGAUUGAAAGGAAGCAAGCACAGAUUCGAAAAGUAUAUCCUGGACUUUCCUGUUUUAAAGAAGGUGUGCGGCAGAUCCCUAUUGAGAGCAUUCCUGGCAUAAGAGAAACUGGAUGGAAACCUAUUGGAAAAGGGAAGGAGCCUAAGGACCCUGAUCAACUUUACAGCACCAUAAAAAAUAUCCUGCACCAAGUGAAGAGCCAUCAGAAUGCAUGGCCGUUCAUGGAACCAGUCAAAAAAACAGAGGCUCCUGGGUAUUAUCAAGUGAUACGCUUCCCCAUGGAUCUGAAAACAAUGAGUGAGCGUCUGAGAAAUCGGUACUAUUCAUCAAAGAAGCUGUUUGUGGCUGACAUGCAACGGAUCUUUACAAACUGUAGAGAGUACAAUCCUCCAGAGAGCGAAUACUACAAGUGUGCAAACAUACUCGAGAAAUGUUUUUAUACUAAAAUAAAAGAAGCUGGUUUAACUGACAAAUGAAAAAUAAUAAUAAAUGUGCCUCAGACAGGCCAAAAAAAAUAAAAAAUCUAAAGAAUCACUGGCACAAGAUACAAGCUUUUUAUUUAUUGAAAAAUAUUUCACUCAGGUCAAUAUUUCUAUAAAACAGGACUGCAACUAAAAUACCAAUGCUUAUAAAGAUAAAGUCAGAUUAAUACUAGGACUACAAGGCUCUAUGUAUUAUAUAUAUAUAUAUAUAUAUAUUUUUUAGAAUCCAAGUUCUCAAAUUUUCAGUUUUGGAGAAAUUGACACUUUUACACUUUGGUGUGUCUGCAUGGAUAUUUUGUAUAUAAAAAGCAUCAGAUGCUUAUGCUGUUUUGGCAUACAUAUGUAAUAUAUUGGUGAGUCCUGUAAAAGCUGGCCAAGCAGUGUUAAAAAAAAAAACAACACAAAGGAGCAAGCAUCCAUUGUUUGCACACAGAUCAAAUACUUUUCUAAAGUUAUUUAAGGGACAAUACACAGUUUCCCCCCCCUAAAAUAUAUAUUUUUCACAAAAAAAAGUAUUCCAUGUAGCAUUGGAUCCCAAAGGGAUAAAAACCUGCAUUUAUUUAUUCUACAGUACUUGCAAAAAAAUUGUAUAAAUUAAAACAGUAGGUAAGAGCAUUUAGUACAUUGUUGCAAGCUUAUUGGUAAUAAAACAUUUUUCUAACUUAAUUUAAUCAUCUAGACAUUGUUGAUGAAUAAUGCUAUUUCAAGGGUUAGUAUGUUAGUUGUGAAAGAGGUCUAAAUGUAUUACUGUUUAUGUUGGUGAAAAUGUUACUGUCUGCCUAACAAUAUAUAUUAUAUGGACAUUUGUCUUUUGAUAAAGAUGUGCAAUAAUGAGUAGUUUUGUGGUUUUGUAAAAUGUUUGUAUUUUUAAAUAAAAUAUGGAUUUUGUAAUGUGAAAAAUAAUAUUUCAGGAUAUUUAUACAUUUGCUUAAAAAUGUUUGCAGAUUUUAUAGUAUGGUUUAUUAGAAUAAGCAAAACAAUAAAUUCUUGUUAACAGAUUACAUUUAUAAA